GUCAAGCUCAAGUCUAAACUGUGGUAUACGUGUUUGGAGAAUUUGACGCGCGUAAUAGUACCUUCAACGGCAGAUAACGAUUGAUCAUCACACUCAGAUCUGUUUCUUCGGAAUCAUCGGUUAAACUGGGAAGUAAUCAGGUUGCUAGAUUUUACCACGACGUGGCGCCACAGCUCGUUCAUUGCGCGUUUCGCAACUAUAUACGGUGCUCAAACGCUCUACUUGAUCUAAUGUUUCAAUGAUUAAUUAAGGCCGUGUAUUUGGUGUGGUUUCGAGCUCACUGGCUCCGGCAAAUAGCGUCGCUAUACACGUACAUACGCAUAUAUGCCAAUAUAUCGGAUGCUCCUCGAUUGCAUCCUUUUUUAUGAAAUAAGCAAGAACUAUCAAGAUAGUCGGAGUACCGCACAGCAAUCGAUCUCUUAUUCAUCGACAGAUUACAUUUACAAACAUGCGACGUAAAAGUGAAAGAAACAAGGCUAAAGGUUCUCCAGAAAAAAAGGUAGAGAAGCCAACGAGGAGAACAACUCGUCGAAGAGGUAAACCAUCGCCAUCACCUUCACCUGAACGAGAAAAUCCAGAAGACAACACUUCAAAUACACCAUGCUCUGAGGAUAAUAGGGAAUCUGCUGUUGACAAACAAGUCAAAGAUACUGAAGAACAGCAGGAAAAGCCUGUUUCAUCCAGUGACCUUAUCAAAUCUGUUCUUGGCGGAGAUGAAGAGGAUAGUGGAUCAGUGUGGAAAGUAGCAAGAGCUGAUGCAUCACCUGGAGAAAUACAAAAGCUGAAACUUUGCAGGCAACGAAAUAUUUCAGAAGCAUCUGAUAGCUCUAUAAGUAAAAAAAAAUCAAACAAGUGGCCAGAUAGUGGGGAGGGAGGUGUAGAAGAGGUUGACUCAGUUGAUGAGCAAAUAGCAUCUUCUCAGAAUUUGCCUAUUUGUGAAAAUAUUGAUGAUCCCUCUUCUUCACACCCAGGUCAGGACUCUAAUCAAGAGGUAAGUGAUUACAAGGAGAACCUGCCUGAAACCACUUCAGCCAACUUGUCUGAUGAUCAAACAAACAUAGAUCAGCAAGCAGAUUUCAAGGACAACCUGCCUGAAACAACUUCAGCAGAGACAUUGUCUCAGCCACCAAAUUAUGAGGACAACCAGUCUUCAAAUCUACUUAUUGAUAAUUCAUAUACAAUUCAAACAACAGAUGACAAUGCUAAAUAUGUACCAGAAAAUUUGUCCAUCAUCCAACAAUCUGAAGAUUCUCAAGAACAUUCUAAUGAUCAAGCAUGUUUUUCCUCUAAUACAAUAUUAUCUGAACCACCUAUUGAUAUAAAUGUCAGUGUGAGUAAUGAACCCUUGACAAAUAUUAUAUCAGGAGAGGAAAAUUCAGAGAUUCAUGAAGGAUCACUGAUUGAAGAAAAUAAAACAGUUUCAGAUAUAGCAACAUGUAAUCUUGAAACCGAAAGUUUAGCAGUUGAUGAAGAGUCUGUAGAUACUAAGCUUAUCAGAAAUGAAAAUGAACAAAUUGAAUUCGAAAAAGAAACAAAUUCUGACAAUGCCUCAGAUUCUAGAGAUAAAUCAGAUAUUCAAGACAAUCAGGUGCAAUCACCAAGAACAAAAAAUCCAUCUAAAUAUGAUGAACCUUUUGCAUCUGAAUCAUCAGAUGACGAACAAAGUAUAUCAAGAAAUGAUGAAACACAGGAAAAAGAGGAAGGUUCUCUCCGUGUUCAAAAUAUUAAUAACAAAAGAAACAACGAAAAUCAAACAGUUCAAUCUACAGAUGUUGAUGAAAAUUCUAUGUCUACUAAUGUGGAACCAGAAAUAGAACUUUCAGAAAGUAUUAUAGAGAAAGAUGAUAUUCUGGAAAUAAAUGAAAAAUCAGAUGAUUUGAAUGUAACACUUUCCGUGUCCAAACCAGCAAAAGUGAGCUUAAAACGAUCAUUCACAACUCGAUUGCCUACAGAUUCAGAAAAGAAGACAGAAGAAAGCAACAUGACUGAAGACAAUCAAAACAAGGAAAAUCAUGCUGACAAUGAACAACCAGAUCGGAAAAAUUCUACAAAAAGACGGCGUUGGGGUGUUACAACUACGACUGAUGUAGCACCAGCAUUUUCAAUUUCUACAGAUUCCUUAAAGGCUUUGGUGCCGGGUGCUAAACCUUUAUCAAUGAACGAAGUACGACUUGGUAAGGAUGAAGAUGAAGAUAAGGAUCGCUACAAAGAUAAAAGUGAAGAUGUUGAUGGUCACAAGCCCAAGAAUGAUGCUUCAUCAAGAAAUGAUACAAACCGUAAAGGAGAUGAUAAAAUGGAUAACCAUAUAGCAAGUAGACGAAAAAUAAGCAUUAAAGAAACACCUCGUCCAACUUCACCAAGUCCGCCAGAACCUCAAGCAACAAAAAUUCUUCUGAUAAAAAAUUUAGUUCGCCCUUUUACACUAAAUCAAAUAAAAGAACUUUUAUCUCGUACUGGCACCAUAGCUGAAAAUGGAUUUUGGAUGGAUAGGAUAAAAUCUAAAUGUUUUGUGGAGUAUGCAAACGAGGAUCAAGCUUUUGAAACGAGACAAGCCUUACAUGGAGUAUCGUGGCCUCCAUCGAAUCCAAAGAAACUCGUCGUAGAAUAUGCUACAAAAGAAGAUAUGGAAGCAGCUCGUGAUUCAUUAAAAGAUCAACCAGUUGUAAGAAAAGCAGCUGAGCCUAUGUUAUCUACUGAGUCGUGGCAACAAGAUCAAUGGUCGCGGGAAGAUCGAAGUACUGUGAUAAAUAAGAUCACUGUUAUUCGAGAGUGGGAUUUAGGAAAAGAAGAUGGCCAUUUAAGCCUAAAAGAAAAGGAACGUGAACGCAAGGAAUUAGAGAAAAAGAAACGACAAAGAAGUAGAAGUCCGUUACUCGAAGCUCACCUUCCACCUCCUGCUCGAAAAUUCAAGAAAAAGGAAGAAGAACCUCCCACAGCGAAACUUUUGGACGAUCUUUUUAGGAAAACUAGAUCCACGCCUUGUAUAUAUUGGUUGCCAUUGACUAAUGAACAGAUUAUGGUUAAAGAGGAAAUGAGGAGGCAACAUAUGGCUGAACAUGCACGUAGAUUAGAAGAAAUGAGACGAGCUGAACGAAGUCGAGAUUCUCGACGUCGUCGUAGCCCUCGAAAAUAAAUUUUUCUGACUUUUUUUUUAAUACAUAUUUCCUACCUUAUUCUCUUAAAACCUUCUUUCAAACCUUUCAAAUUUCUUCAGUCCCUGGCACUUUCAUCCAAAUUGUUUAUUUAAAUCAGCAUCUUUCACAAUUCCUUGUUGUCACGUAUUUAUUAACAUUUUAUUGGCAUAUUUGGUUUUUAUGUUCAUGCUGUUUGAAAAAAAUGAUAUAAUAGUUUUUAUUUACUUAUUCCUGAAAUUUUACUUGAAUGAAUUCCUAUUCGCUACUCCCAACCUUUAUUUUCACCAUUAAGCAUGAUUCUUACAGGUCAUCAAACAACUUAGUAAUCUCCCAGAGGCGUUAAGUCUUCAAAAAUCGCAGGAUCAUCAAGGAAUUUCUUUAUGACUACAGACAUUUUGAUAUCUUAUGUGUGUAGACAUUAAACUUGGAGGAAUUUCACAAAAAAUAAUUCUACCAGUUGUAAAAAAAAUUUAGGAUUUUGAAACUUAAUUGAACUAUCAUAUUUAUGAAAAGUAUACUUCAACGGCUGAGCGCCGUAUACAACGUUGUCAUAAAACCAAUUUUUUUUAUGAUGUAGUACUCACAAAGCUUCUCCAAAUUUCUUAUAAGUUUACAUUUUUGAAAAAAUAUUUGCUUACAAGAUACAUGCUAUUGUAUACAAAGUACAAUAGAAGUACAUUGUUAUUGUGAAAUAUUUCUUCAAGUAUUGGAAAAUCAACUGUAUAUACGUGUAUUCGAUUUAUUUCUAGAAGUAAUAAAAUUGUAAAAUUUCUAUUAUUAUGAAUUAAAGUCAGUUACAAUUUCUUGUCUCUUUGUAGUCGUCAAAUGUUAUUAUAACAUACACCAUUUGUAGCUGUUUAUAUAAUAAAUACUAAG